AUGGAUGUGUCGGGUCUUGUCACCGGCGCCUUGCUCCUAGUACUGCGAGUAUCGAAGGUUUUCGGUUUGGCUCCUGUUACUUUUACGCGAGUUGAUAAUGCAUACCGCAUUACCUUAUCAAGUUCCGUCAGUUAUUAUGGCUACGCACUCGUUGGCAUCUUAUAUAAGAAGUCAGUGCACACCGAUACUCUUAUAACUCUUCGAGUCCUCAGCAAAGCUUACACAGCGUCUUGCGAGUUGAUCAUGCAAUACAAUACAACGGAGAAUUUGACGGCUAUGGUGUUAUUUGUGAUGUAUACAAUACAACUAACUUUUACAAUAAAAAAUUUCGCGACCGGUUUAGGUGCCUCAGACUUGAAGCAAAGGGCGGAAGCUUGUUCGGGAGAAGUUGUAUGGCUAAUAUUUCAUACUGUAAGAGCUGUCAGUUUUAUUGAACCCUGGUACCAAAUUUCUAGAGAGAUGAUGACAAUAAACAAAGAACUGGGCCAAGUAGCACAGAGCGUGACUUCUAUUGGCGAAGAAAUGCCGAUGGAAUUAAAUACUUUCUGCUCUCAGACGAUGAUCAAUAAGCCUAAUCUAACUCCGUUUGGUUGUUUUACAGUGACGCGAUCGCAAUUAGGGGAGCUUAGUGACGAUAAAAAAAACAAAUCACGGUUCAUCAUUGUGAUGUUCUAUGUAGGAGUUCGAAGUUUUUUUCUAUGCAUGGGCACACUAUUAAGGUACCAGGAAACUGACAGCAUUCAAAGGUUUCUUAUGCACACUUUUGUCGAGGCCCACCACUUGCUAAUUUCUCUUCUGGAGAUACAAAUGAUAUGUAUAGGCUAUGCAGUUCAGAGGACCUUAAAUUCAAUAGUACAAGAACUGUCUAAAUUACGUUCACAUGUUCACAGAGAUCAAAGAGAUAGGGCUUUUUACUCUCUCUCAUCUCUUCAAACAUCGGCCAAGACUUUUACUGAUACAUGUGAAGUUAUGGAACGAGUGAAUGCCUGUCAUGGCUGUUUGGUGUUAUUGUUUAUAGCAUUAUACACCCAUCAUAUAAUAUUCACCGCAGACAGUUUGGCUUAUUUUUUGACACAUGCUGACAUAGAGACAGCAAAGUUUUUUGGAAAGUGCUCUCUGGAUGUUAUGUGGUUGUUAUAUCAUAUCAUCAGAGCAGUCAUCUUUGUACACCCGUGGCAUGGAAUGACCCAAGAGGUGGACAAAAUUAAGAUUGAGCUGUGUAAAAUACUACAAAGAACUUCACCAGAUGACAUUGAAAUGAUGUGGGGAGCUAAAGUUUUGUAUAUGGAGUUGAUGAUAAAGAAACCUGAGCUAAAGCCUUUAGGACUUUUCACAGUAUCUCGAUCUCUGCUUGUUGAGAUACAUAAGAAAACCAAUGUCUGGGCUGAGCGCAAAGGCGUCAUUUUAGUUCUUUUUUGUAUUGCGUUAAGAUUGUACUUAUUCAACAGCAUUCAUUUCUUUUACAUGAAAGACGUAACCAAGUCUAUCGCCUUAUACCUAGGUUCAAUAUCCCUGGAUAUAAUUUUCUUAAAUAUGGCACUCCUGGAGAUGAGUUUGAUUUUAGUAGCAUUUGAAAUUUGCAAAUAUUUUGUCACUAUCAAAGACGCAUUGAUUGAACUGAAUAAAGAUAUCAAUUCAGAUAGGAAGCCGACUAACCGUGAUACUAAAUUAUUACUUUGUAAACUUAACAAAGCUUACACUGAAUCGUGUGAAGUGGUCAUGAGAUAUAAUUUAUCAGACAAUUUGACAACAAUGUUGAUAUUGUUUAUAAUUAUUCUACAACUAACUUUUACUUUGAAGAACUUCACCGUUACUUUGGGCAUAGCAGAUACUCAUGAAAGGGCCUAUGCUUCCAUUCACGAAGCAAUGUGGUUAUGCUACCAUAUUUUAAGAGCUGUCAUGUUUAUCGAGCCGUGGAAUAAAAUGUCUACAGAGGUGGGCAUAAUAAAACGACAACUAGUAGACAUAGCGCGCAGUGUUACUCCUUAUGGUGAGGAAAUAUCCCCGGAAUUGCAAACCUUUUAUUUGCAGUUAACUACUAACUAUCCAGAUUUAACACCUAUGGGUUGCUUUAAAGUGACUCGGUCGCAACUCGAAGAGGACCUACACGACGCUAAUAAGGAAAAAAAUGACGACUAUGAGAGUGAUGAGGCUGAAACAUUUUGUUUGGAGUGCACUGAAUCCUACAGUUUGAGUAUUUUAGGAGAAGAAUGGGUACAAGUUAUGGGCACACACAAAAUGUGA